AUGCCGCCCCGCCCACACGAUCCUUUCAAUGAUGCACCCCGGCGUCCUACCACUCACACCACAAGUCACUUGCACGAUACAUACAGUUCUGGCGGCCAUGCCUUGCGGGCUAACUCCGCCGCGCGCAACCUCUUUGCUCCAGCACCCCCACGACGUCCUACUGCUGCCGCUCCUUCAUCAAUCCACCUAAAUGAACUGGUUCUCGAAGACUCGGACGAUGCAGGAGACAGGAUGAGUAGGCGUGCAGCCGCUGCUGGCAGGGCCACCCGGACCAGAAGGACCAGAGCAGCAACCGAAACGACCAUCGAGCCAGACGAAGAGAACCAUCCUGAGCCUCCUCGAGAUAUGGUCGUGAGAGAUGGAAGAGGCAACUACUUGCACGAGGCUCCUGCUCUAGGUGAACAGAUUAAUGGUGCGGAGGAUCAAGACCUCGAAGACGAACGGCGCCUGACGAGUCUUGUGCAAGAGUACUGGGCAUCUGGAACUGCUGCCGGUGGAAGGAAUGGCAAGAGAUGGGACGAACAUGAACUCGAAAGACCUAAAGCAGAAGUCAUGACCCGACUGCGGGACUCCGUAGGCAAGACCCUCAUCAACGAGCAAUGGAGGUAUGAGCCUAGCGAUUACAUGAAAGCAUUGCUUGUCGAGAACCAUGGACGCGUUUGA